AUGGCUAUGGCUCAUUUGCAGGCCCAGCAAGAGAUCAUAGCACAACUGCAAAAUCGGGGUCAGGCACCCGACAUUGCCCCAUCAGAACAGACCCAGGAUACGGAGGAAAGACACAUCCCACGGGGAAACGAGAACCACCCCGGGCAAAGCAGCGAAUUGAUAAGAAUGCUCGAAGCAUUGACCAAACGGGUCGGGUUCGGUGAAAAGAAGAUAGAGGCGAACGACAAGAAGGUGGAGAACUACAACUCGAGGGUCGAUCAGAUUUCGGGGGCUCCACCAGUGUUGAAGGGACCAUAUUCGAAAAAGUUUGUUCAAAUGCCAUUUUCGCCGAGUGCGGCACCGAUGAAAAUCCCCAAGAGAUUUCGCAUGCCCGAUAUCCCGAAGUAUAAUGGGACAACGGACCCAAAUGAGCAUGUCACUGCGUAUACGUGCGCUAUUAAGGGCAAUGAUCUCGCCGAUGACGGAAGGAAAUCAGUGCUACUUAAGAAAUUUGGGGAGACUCUGUCAAAGGGGGCUAUGAUUUUGUAUCAUAACUUGCCCGAGCAUUCGAUUGAUUCAUUUGCCAUGCUCACUGAUGCUUUCGUUAAGGCCCAUGCCGGGUCCAUCAAGGUCGAAACUCGAAAGUCAGACUUGUUCAUCAUUAAGCAACGAGAUGACGAGACCCUUCGCGAGUUUGUGGCUCGAUUUCAAAUGGAGUGCAUGGACUUACCUCCAGUUACUGAUGAUUGGGCCGUUCAGGCUUUCACCCAAGGGCUCAAUUCGAGGAGCUCGAUCACAUCUAUGGAGCUAAAACAAAACCUUAUAGAAUACCCGGCGAUCGCCAGGGCUGAUGUACACAACAGGUAUUUGUCAAAGAUCAGGGUCGAAGAUGAUAAGAUUCUGAGGGCUGCUUUAGUAUCAUGGCAUUAUGGUAAAGGGAGUGAUCGCCCGAGGAGAGUGAUAGACCGGGAUUCCAUAUCGUCAUAUGAUAGGCACCAGCCUUACCCGCUCGAUCGAAGGGGGAACGUGCGUAACAACGAAUCGGGCAAGAAUGAUAGGAGAAACGAUCGGAGAAAUGAUCGAGGCCAAAAUAGUCGUGGUUUGGUAAACGAAAAUACUGUCGAUAGACCUCCGGGAAACAGAGAAAUUCCAAGGUUAUCCGAGUACAACUUUUGCGUCGAUGUAGCAACCAUAGCAGCGGCCGUUAUCCGAAACAAAGAAACAAGACAUCCUAGGCCAAUCUUUUUCGACCCGGAGAAGCGGGACAAAAGUCUUAUUUGUAAGUAUCAUCAUACUCACGGCCAUCGAACUGAGGAUUUUCAACAGCAGAGAGAGGAGGUCACCCGUCUGUUCAAUUUGGGACAUCUUCGAGAAUUCCUAAGUGAACGAGUAAAAAACCAUUUUAAAAACCUGGACUCCAACAAACAGGAUAGGCCGGAAGAGCCUCCACAGGUGACACACAUGAUCAUGGGAGGAACUGACGUUCCCGUUGGGCCGGUUAUAAAGCACACAAAAAUUUCCAUAACAAGAGAAAAGUGUAUCCGGAACAAUGACCCCGAUGGCCCCAUCACAUUCAAUGACGAGGACAUGGAAGGCAUCGCCCUGCCGCAUAAUGACCCACUGGUAAUAUUUGUCCUUGUCAAUAAGUUUAGAAUUAAAUGUGUGCUGAUUGAUCCAGGUAGCUCGGCUAAUAUCAUCCCAUGGAGAGUCAUCGAACAGCUAGGACUACUAGAUCAGAUCGUGCCAGCAAUACGGGUCCUCAAUAGAUUCAACAUAGCAUGCAAAACGACGAAGGGUGAGAUCACUUUACCGAUCAGUAUGGCAGGAACUACAGAGCAGACCAAAUUUUAUGUGUUAGAGGGAGACAUGGGAUACAAUGCAUUGCUGGGCAGACUGUGGAUUCACCUCGUAAGAGCCGUUCCCUCGACUACUCAUCAGGUAUAG